CUGCCAAGCCGGGGAAGGAGCCAGAGAGGUGAAGAGGAUAAGAACACAGCUCCUCUGUGUGCUGCCUACUUGCUUCCUGCACAAUGUUCUGGGCAAACAAAGCAAGGCUCUUAGUCCUCCUGGUCCUGCCAUCUCUAGCUUUCCUGUUUUUGCAGCAGUUUUACAGCCACAGCCAAUGCCCUGGUCUGGCAGAGAAGUCAAGCCCUAUGCGUGUGUUGAUCUUGUCCUCCUGGCGCUCUGGCUCCUCCUUUGUGGGCCAGCUCUUUAGUCAGCACCCAGAUGUCUUUUACCUGAUAGAGCCAGGCUGGCACGUGUGGACGACCCUCUCCUCUGGCAGUGCUGGGCAGUUGCAAAUGGCCGUGAGAGACCUGAUUCAUUCAGUCUUCCUCUGUGACAUGAGUGUCUUUGAUGCCUACAUGGCUCAGGGUCUGAGGAAACAAUCCAGCCUCUUCAUGUGGGAGACUAGUAGGGCACUGUGUUCCUCACCUGCAUGCCAUCUCUUUAAGAGGGAGGCCAUUGUCACCCGGGGUGACUGUAAGAUCCUAUGUAGCAAACAGCCCUUCAACUUGGUAGAAGAAACCUGUAAAUCCUACAGUCACGUGGUGCUUAAGGAGGUGCGCUUCUUCAACCUGAAAACCCUUCAACCACUGCUGACUGACCCCUCCCUCAACCUGCACAUCAUUCACCUUGUCCGAGACCCCCGGGCUGUGUUCCGCUCCCGGGAAAACACAAAAGAGGACCUGAAGUAUGACAACCAUAUUAUCAUGGGGAACCAAUGGAAUAAAAUAAAGAGUGAAGACCAGCCCUAUCACUUGAUGAAAGCUAUCUGCCUAAGCCAACAGGAGAUCUACAAGGCAGCACAGUUGCUACCAGACUCCCUACGACAACGCUACUUGCUAAUACGCUAUGAGGACUUGGUGCAGGACCCACUGACUCAAACCUCCAAAUUGUAUGAAUUUGUAGGGUUACAUUUUCUACCUCAUCUUCAAAUCUGGGUGCAUAACAUCACACAGGGCAAGGGCAUGGGAGGGCAUGCCUUCCAUACAAACUCCAGGAAUGCCCAGAGUGUCUCCCAGGCCUGGCGUCAGUCCUUACCACAUGACAAGGUAGUCCAGUUACAGAAAAUUUGUAAAGAUUACAUGAACCUGAUGGGCUACCUUCUUGUAUUGUCUGAGAAAGACCAGAGAAAUUUAUCAGUAAAUCUUCAAUCCACUCUUGAGAUCCCCUAA